AUGAGCGAGCCGGUGCCGGUGAGGCUGCUGGGCUCCUUCGGGAGCCCGUUCACGCACCGUGCCCAGGCGGCGCUCAGGCUGAAGGGGGUGCCUUACGAGUUCAUCCAGGAGGACCUCGGCAGCAAGAGCGAGCUGCUGCUCCGGCACAACCCCGUGCACAAGAAGGUGCCCCUGCUCCUCCACGGCGACGACGACGACGUCCGCGCCGUCGCCGAGUCUCUCGUCAUCGUCGAGUACGUCGACGAAGCCUUCGAGGGCCCGCCGCUCCUGCCGGCCGACCCGCUCGCCCGCGCCGCCUCCCGCUUCUGGGCGCAGUUCGCCUCCGACAGGUGCUCGAGGACGCUGUUCAAGGCGCUGUGGACGCCGGAGGGCGAGGCGCGGAGGGGGUUCGUGGAGGAGGCCAAAGAGAACCUGGCGCUCAUGGAGGCGCAGCUGGAGGGGAGGCGCUUCUUCGGAGGCGACUCCAUAGGGCUGCUCGACAUCGCCGCCAGCGGGCUCGCCUGGCUCCCCGUGCUGGAGGAGGUCGCCGGCGUGGAAACUAGCAUGAUCCGCGAGGAGGAUUACCCUGCCUUGUGCCGGUGGCGCGGGGAGUAUGCCUCCGACGAGGCCGUGAAGAAGUGCUUGCCGAGCAGGGACGAGAUGGUCGCCUACUACGCGGCCAUGAAGGACCGCUUCGUGCUCCAUGCCAAGUCAAUGCACAAGAAAUAA